AUGGCGACCCUCGCGACCGUGCAAUGUCGGAUCCGUCUUCUUGGAAGGGGUAAUCCAGAGCGCGCUGGAUUCAAUUUGGGCGUUCAUCGAACUCGUUCGGCAUGGUAUUUUGGUGGAGGUCUAGAUCUACAGCGCAUUGAGACCAUCGUGGGAUGCGACGAAAUAGGUCGCCUGGAGAGACAAAGCCAGGCAGGUCAUGCAGCAGCGUUGAUGAAAGAAAAGGCGUGA